AACCGGUGAAUAUUUUUCGGUGAAAUUUGGUAGAUAUUCGUUUUCGCUCUUUCUGAACCGAGCGACAUCACUUUCAUGCCAAUUCAUAAACUUUUUUGAAGGUGGGAGGGUCCCUUUAACGCAUCAAAGGGCACCCAUAUUGAACUAUCUGAGGUUACCUACUGUGACUGGAGUCCAACCCUGACCCACCUUUGAAAGAUCUUGCUUUUAUUAAUAUUGAUAUUGGACUUUAUCAGCUUCAGUCUAGUUACUAGUAGGAAGCUUGGACUACCAGUUGCCAUGAUGCUGAUGCUGGAGCGCGUGUGGAACCUGAUCGCGUGGUACCUUCGUCCGCUCUUCAAAUGGCUGCUCCGCAAGACGACGCGCCUGUGCGAGAUGCAGCGUAUCUGCUAUGGCCAACCGGCCGGCGCACUGCGGUCCAUAGGCGUUGAGGAGUCCAUGAAGCAGUCGCGUACCAAGACAAUAAUCGACCUCAUGAGCUACUUGGACCAAAAGGCGAAUGAGAGACGAUUUCUGGGUCCGUCACGGGCUCAAGUGAUCGACUACUCCGUGUUCGCCAUACUGAAAGUGAAGGACAUCAAACCAGAAAUACAUUCGCAGUUCGUUCGCUCCAUCUCGGUGUGUCUGGACCAGAUCUGGGGGUACAGGCAGCUGUCCGCUGAGCUGGAGCACCUCCGCCGCACGCCGUACGACGCCGCGCAGCCCGAACACGAGGCCAAGCUGCGCCAGCUCUGGAGUCUGCUCUGCCCGGAGACGGAGCUGACUGAGCGCAUCUCUCCACAAUGGAAGGACAUCGGGUUCCAGGGAGAUGACCCGAAGACCGACUUCCGUGGUAUGGGCGUGCUGGGUCUGGACAAUCUGCUGUUCUUCAGCAAGCACUACACGUCGGUGGCGCGUCACGUGCUGACGCACUCACACCACCCCACCUACGGCUACUCGUUCGCCAUCGUCGGCAUCAACCUGACGCACCUGGCGCUGCAGCUGGUCCGCUCCGGACAGGCGCGCUCGCACUUCUACAACGCCUGCGCGGGACACGCUACCGUCACCGCCUUCCACCGGUUCUACUGCUACCUCUUCUUCAAGUUCGACGCCUUCUGGCUGGCGGCUAAGCCGCGCGAUAUUAUGGAGUUCGGCUCCAUUCGGGACCAGUUCGCGGCGCAGAUGCGGCGCACGCUGGCCGAUCACAGCGCGAAGCUCGACGUUCGUCUGGCGGUGAAAAGCUUGUGAGACGCGGUGAACGAGGUGACGCACCCCCUGCCUUCCGGACUUUGCCACGGGGUGCAAAUAGAAUCACAGGUAUGGGAACGAACUGGGAGUGCAUCGGGGUGAGGUUUUCGUUCCGGUGUGUUUUGUGUAUUUAUCGCAGUGUCUGAAGCAGUAUUGAAGCCGUCCGGCGGGAAAGUGGCCAUCGUGGGUGGUGGUGUGGCAUUACCACAGACAGCGGAUGGACUGUGGCCGAUAGCCGAGUUCCGGGGCAGAGACGGGGAAGUCGGGUCACGUGUCCAGUGACGACAUCCGUUCCUUUCCGAGAGACAGCAACGCCAAGGGACUCCCAGUUUCUCAUUCGGGGCGUCUUGUGACCCAUUGUGCCGCAGUUUGCGUGAGGCUGUCAUGUUUGUCUCUCUCGAGUGCAUUUAUCGUGUAGCUUAACUUUUUAACUUGAGAAGUGUCAUUCCGUAUUACAGGGGCCGGGUUUUUGCGACGAUUACUUCUUACAAUCUCACCCCAAUCUGUACCAGGUUUACGAAUAGGUGUAUUUCAGCUUACGCAUGACUUCUUUACGUGUUAAACUCAAAAUUUUAAUCUUUUCAAUGCCACUAUUAGUGUAAAGACUGUUAGGUCACGGUAGGUCUUUCCUCGAUUAUUUAAUUGAUUAUGGGGCUUUAGAUGUUAGGAAGCAUUCUAUUGCAUUCUCGGAAGCAUGAUAAGAGCUCCUCAAAGUUUCAGAUCAUCAUUUUUCCGUUAGAUUUGCCCUGAAAAUCGCUUCCAUUUCAGCUGGCUCAUAUGUGUUUGAACUUUGAUGUAAUUGAAAGCGACUUUCGUGAGCCAGAGAUCCCGUCAUUCUGGCUAGCCAUGAAUUCGAUUGAACUCUGUAAUAGUGUUCGUUCGUAGCCAUUUCUCACGCUGCACGCGUAUUUGUUCCGAUGUGUCAUACUAAAGUGAUGGUCGAUCUAUCUACGGAACUAGCUCACCAGUGCUGACGUGGGUAGAGGUGGAGGAUUGGUUGGUAAUGAUCUAGUCACCAGUGGCAUGUGUGAAGCUCUGCGCGGUUUAGACCGCUGUGAUAUCCACUGUUCUUCACAUAUCAUCGGCGACAUCAUUUGUCUUAUUGUGUUACCACGUCCUCUGCGGCGUGGUUUAGUUAUGUUCAGGGUGAUUGCUUUUUUACGCUGUGGGUACGCAGAUCCAUGUCAGUGACCGCACUACCAUGUCAUUGGUAUUCCAGUCCGGCGCGCUGAAAUACACGUGCGUGUAGUAGUCCGUGCUGUGUGGCGUAGAUAAUGUAAAGGUCACCUCUGAAGGACAGACGCGACUGCGCCGUUCCCGGUGACGGCCGAGCGAUGCACGCUGAGCGUGAAACGGGAGUCGUCAACCAUCGACAGGUUUCCAUGAAGUCCUCUGGGGAUGCACGUCGUAUCUCAGUAUCAUUUCCAAUAACGUAGAUAAUAGUGCGACAAAAGUGACAGUGGCUUCGAUAAACGUUGUUUGGCGGUGUCAUACGGAUGAGCCCUCCCAUAUGUCGAGCACAUGUGUUCAAAUCAUGGCAAAUGACGCGUCGGAUGCCGAGGUAUCGUGAUGUACGAUCAGCCUUGUAUGACUAAACACCGUCAUUUCCUGUGGUCAUGGCCCUGUUUCUUCAUCAGAAGUUACAACAUCGCAAAUGCGCGCUCCGGGAAGUACGAUCCUCAUUGCGUUACUCCUCCUUUAGUCGUGUCUCGGUAUUCCAUCCACUGUCGGUCAUUUCCCCGUGCCGUUACGUGUCUCCGCUCGUGUUGCAGUGCCCGUCUGUGACGUUCCAGACGCAUCCCGUGCCGCGGCUGACCCGUGCUACGCAACACGCACCGCUCACGAUGACUGGGCGUUUUCCUCGGGGCGGUCUCGGCCCGCCCGCGGCUAUGACGCACCUCACCGCGUGGUCCAGCCGCGCUGCCAGGUCGGACGUCGGGGGCGGUCGCUAGAUCUGGAGACAUAUCGGCGUGAUUGUCGCAGAGCUAGCGAAAAUGUACACAGGGAAAGCAUGAGGAGAGCAAUCUCGGGACCCGCAUCCGUCGCGAUUUUUGUGCACUGUGCAUGUUGUCUAACUAUAGGACUGCCAUUGUGCGUUGCAUUGUGUGAGAUUUAUAUCAGUGGCACCCACACUGGGGAUCAAUCAGCCGCAGCGAGGUCGGACAUGCCAUCGGGUCCAAAGUUAUGCCUUCCAGACCGAACCAGCUCUAAUCAUGCCUAGUGGAAGACGUUUUGCACUGAUAAAUGGUUCUCAGAGAAACCUUUGAAACUUUGGAUUUAGUGGGAAAUCCCGAGUGGAAACUUCUCAGGAAGUGAAUCUGCAGAAGCUCCUCCGACCUGGCAGCGCUGCCCUCCGCCCGCCGUGUUGACCAACCAGGGCCGACCAGCCCCGGGGCAGCCAAUCAGGAGCCGCCGGGAUGACGUCAUGACCGCAGGUAUAAAUAGGGGACGCCGAGCGGCGGCGCGCCAGUCUGUUUCGCGUCGUCAGUGUACGUCCGAGCAGCCGUGCUAUUCCGCCACCUCUUUUCAGCCGUCCAGCCUGUGACAGCGUAGUUCAGCCUUCCAUCAGAAGCAG